AUGUUUCCAUCAUUUACGAGUUUAUCAGAUAGGGAACAUAAGCGUCAGCAAUUACUGCGUGAUAUUGAACGCGAUCUUGAAAUUGAUAACGCUAAGAAUCAAGCAUACUCGGAGGCAAUAUGGAUUAGUGAUGUUGAUAAAGCGAAUAUUAGCUUAGUAGGUAAAACAUCAACAUCUUCUACGCAGACUGAACCAAAUACACAAGGAUCUACCCCAGUUUCUUUUUAUGGACCAUUACCUCCUUCAAGUGAUGGAUCUACCCAAACGAAAACCGAUACGACGAACCGAUAUGUUCACCGAUCUACAAACUACACGAGAGUUUGGAACUUCUACUGA